AUGGAAACUCAGGAGGGCAGCCGGCAGUCCUGGCUGCUGGGCUGGAUGUCUUGGUCCUUGAGCAGAGGAGCCUGCACAUGUGACCAUGGAUACAGCUAUGAGCUGAGAGCCACCACACAUUCCUUCACCACAUCUCAGCCCCCAUGCACUGUCAGCUUAAUGCUGAGCACCAGUGCAACAGAACCCGAUGCAGCGCCAGCUUUGAUCAACCCACUUCAAACAGCCACACUGACUGGUUCUGCUGCUCCCAAAGCUAAAACUCAGUCCCUCUGGCCCUACAUCUCCACGGGAGCAAAACCCUCUCAGCAUCCGUCUGCAACCCAUCCAAGUCCUUAUGCCAUAUGUUAUUGUGUGUCCACAGGUUCAUCUUAUUACGACAAUGUGAGGCCGCUGGCGUAUCCUGAUUCAGAUGCGGUUCUCAUCUGUUUCGACAUCAGCCGCCCAGAGACUUUGGACAGUGUCAUAAAGAAGUGGCAAGGGGAGACGCAGGAGUUCUGUCCCAAUGCCAAAGUGGUGCUGGUGGGCUGUAAGCUGGACAUGAGGACAGACGUCAACACCCUGAGGGAACUCUCCAAGCAGCGCCUCAUCCCUGUCACCCACGAGCAGGGCAGCACGAUAGCUCGACAGAUCGGGGCGGUGGCCUACGUAGAGUGCACCUCCAAGGUUUCAGAGAACAGCGUUCGGGACGUGUUCCACGUCACCACAUUAGCGUCUGUGCGGCGGCCCCAUAAGCCACAGCUAAAACGCAGCAGCUCCCGCAGAGGCCUGAAGCGAGUCUCGCAGCUCCCCCUGCCUCCCCUGCCGGGUCGGACUGAGCAAAUGGACCAGGCCCCGGCCAUGAGGAAGGACCGGGCCAAGAGCUGUGUGCUCAUGUAGAGACCACUCAUUAUAAAUAUAUAUAUGUAUAUACAUAAACACAGAAAUAUAUAACAGAGGAAGUCUAUUUAUUGUUUUUUGUUGUUGUUUUUUUCCUCGUAUUUUUAUUUUUUGCACUGCAGAGGAGUGAGGAAAAAAGAAACUGCGCUGUGGAAAGAAAUGCUUUGGAUUUUUUUCUUUUUUGUCGCGUGUGUGCAUAUUUUCUAUGCUGUUUACAUAUUUGUGUUGCUUUGAAAUGAUGACAAAUUGGACUAACCCUCUGGAUAUGAGGAAGCUGUGAUAGUGGAAGUGCCGUCUAGUACCGGGUAUUAAAGAGGAAUUAAUUUCCUGAAACCGCCCUAAUAAGAGGAUGGCAGCGGGACGAUCGCGAGGAGAGUGAAGUGCAUGUGAGGAGAAGCAGGACAUCUGGGGAUGAAGCUUAUUGUUUUCAAAGACAGUGUUGCUCAGCAGACAUGAGGACUAAUUGUCUAGCUGCACUGUCUGAAGUGGCUUCCUGUUGCCAUAUUUGAGAGGAAAACCUGUAUGUACAGUAAUGCUAAAAAGGGAUUCUAGUGAUUAGAUGAUGGCUCAAACCAAACAUUAGGAUCCGGAAAUGAGAUGUUGUAACACUGAAAUAUUGUGAAGGUGUGUGUGAACAUUACUACCACAAGUGCAUUUUAGAAGAAAAAAAAAGAAGUCACAACAUAUCUGAUUUUAUUUUGCUCAUUUAACACUAUUUUGUCAUCAACGCCAACUGUGUCAGUUUGACUCACUGAAGUUAAUGCUGUUGUCACUAUUUUAAAGAUGUUUCUUUGUGGAAAAUAAAGUGGUAAAAUGUUAGGACUAUUUUGUUGUACUUUCACUAAAGUAAAAUAAAGCAACAGCUUGACUGUAUAGGGAAAGGA